AUGCCACCGGUGAUAGGUGCAAAAGCCAUUUGCUCGGCCGCAUCCGAACUCCAAUGGCCAGAUCAGCUGCUCGAUCAGCUGCCGGUCCACGUGAUGAGCUUAGUGCGAAAAGUAGCCGGAUCAAUGCACACUGUAUCCAAUUCUUCGGCAACACCCAGCAGCAAGCUCGGACCAGGCCCAGCCAAUGAGCGGAAACAAAACACGGCAUCGGCGACCAAUUGUCCCGCCACCACCCGACCAAAUCCCUUUUCUUCCGAAGCUGAGCAUCAGUCUCACUUUGCUCACAAGAUGUUCGCGGCGAGGUGUCUGCGCUCGACCUCGACGCGAGCCUUUUCGAGAAAUGGCGCCGUCAACACAUUGAAGCGUUCAAUCUCAUCAAGCUCCGGUUCAGCAGCCGAAGCUUCCCCCGUCCGGCUCAACAUCGCCGCGGCAGCGUCAACAGCUGUUGCCAUUGGCUCAAUUGCAUGGUAUUACCACCUGUACGGGCCUACGGCGAACGCAGGCUCGCCAGCUGAGGAGGGUCUUCACCCAACAAAGUACCCAUGGGUUCACGAGCAAUGGUUCAAAACCUUUGAUCACCAAGCACUCCGCCGUGGUUUCCAGGUCUACCGGGAAGUUUGCGCGUCUUGCCACUCCCUCAGCCGAGUCCCCUACCGCACACUUGUCGGCAGCAUUUUGACCGUCGAUGAGGCCAAGGCUCUUGCCGAGGAGAACGAGUACGACACGGAGCCCAACGACCAGGGAGAAAUCGAGAAGCGCCCCGGAAAGCUUUCCGACUACCUUCCUUCGCCGUACCCCAACGAUGAAGCCGCCAGGUUCGCCAACAACGGCGCUCUGCCCCCGGAUUUGUCGCUCAUCGUCAAGGCCCGCCACGGUGGCUGCAACUACAUCUUCUCCCUGCUGACCGGCUACCCUGAGGAGCCUCCUGCGGGUGCCCAGGUCGGUGCCGGUCUCAACUUCAACCCCUACUUCCCCGGCACAGGCAUUGCCAUGGCUCGUGUUCUCUACGACGACCUGGUCGAGUAUGAGGACGAGACCCCCGCCACCACCUCGCAGAUGGCCAAGGACGUCGUCGAGUUCCUCAACUGGGCAGCCGAGCCCGAGAUGGACGACCGCAAGCGCAUGGGAUUCAAGGUCCUUGUCGCCACCAGCGUCCUCACUGCCAUGAGCAUCUGGGUCAAGCGCUACAAGUGGGCCGCCCUCAAGUCGAGGAAGGUUACCUACGACCCGCCCAAGGUCAGCUCGAAGCCUCAACGGUUCAACAAGGCCGGCCUAGGGUCUUCUCACAUCCCGCUCACAUCACCCACGAUGGAUGCCGCGCGGAGCCUGCUGCACGGGUUCAACGUCGACAACGACGAGACGCUGGAUUUUCUAGCCAGUCUUGUGGCAUCCGGGACGGCCUGUUCCGACGCUGUCAACAGCCUGUACCAAGCUGGUCUAAUGGCGCCGGCUGAGGAUUGGGACCUUAUGAUGCAAUGCGCUGCUUCGCAUGUGCAGCUUCAUAACUAUAAGGAGGCUCGGGAUAGAUAUACACCGUCUUCGGAAGCAAUGUUGAGCUGCUUGGACAAGUUGCUUGGUGGCAGCAGUAUCGACUGUCUGGAGCCGAGCCAUCCUAGUAACGUGGGUGAAUUGGAGGGCCAACCUCCAAGUCGCCCAGUUAGAUCGUCAAGCAGAAGAAGUCCUGCCAAGUCUCCUUUUUGGCUGGAUGGGCCUCCGAAUGCUAGAACUUUACUCCGCAGCAAGAGUUGGAUAAAGAAACCCACCGCCGUUACCGAACUGGGGGAAAAGGUCCAUCCCCACAUUCUUCUUCCGCAAAAUACGCCUACUGCAUCAAGAACACAAAUCCAGGGACAUUUAGGCACAGCAAAAGCACCCACACUCCCACCACCAGUGCCAUCAAAAACGCCACCCAAAGCUAAAUCUGAAGUGAUAUCUCGCUACUUUGACCACUCACCACCAAGGUCGUCGCCAGGCAAAGGGGGCAUCACCAUAUCCGGCCUACCCUUCCCUCCCCUCACGUCAUCCAAGUUCGGCCUCAUCCAGGAGGAGCUGGCGCACUCGCCGUUUGAGCUCCUCAUCGCCGUGCGCCUUCUCAUAAAAACGGCCGGCAAAGCCGCCAUUCCGACGUUCCGCCGGCUCGUGGCCAGGUACCCGACCCCGGAGGCGUUCGCAGCGGCGGAUCCGAAUCAGCUGCUCGACAUGAUCCGCCACCUGGGCCUGGGCGUGGUCAGACGUGAGGCGAUGUUGUGCUACGCCAGGAUCUGGGUGGAGCGUCCGCCGCGGAGGGAGGUGAGGUAUGGCGUGAAGAACUACCCGCGGCCGGGGGACGCGGCCGAUGUCAAGGCUGGGGAGGAGUUUGGGCCUGAAGAGGAGGAUGAGGCCAUUUCUGGAGGCGAAAUGGUUCGUCGUGGGCUCGGAUCGGCAUGGGAGAUUGGUCACAUCACGCAGGGCCCGUAUGCCAUCGACUCGUGGCGCAUCUUCUGCCGGGACGAGCUGCUCGGUCGAGGAGAGGACAACGAGAAGGGGAACGGCGGGCAGUUUCAGCCCGAGUGGAUGCGCGUGUUGCCGCUGGACAAGGAGCUUCGGGCAUACCUCAGGUGGAUGUGGAUGCGUGAGGGCUGGGAUUGGGACCCUGUCACAGGCGAGAGGGAGGUUCUGUCUGAUAACCUAAGGCGCGCUGUCAAUGAUGGUAGAGUUGGGUAUGAUGAUUCUGGCCAGUUGCAAAUUCUUGAGAAUGAGGUAGCAACGGCAGAUGGCGCAAAUACAUGA